AGGGUUUCUGUAAACUGUGUGAGUUUAGAGUGAGAAACAGAUACAUACAAACAUAUAUAUAGAGAGAGAGAGAGAGGAACAAAUUCUAGAGAGAGAGAGAGUAGAAAUGGGGCAGGCAUUUCGUCGAGCAUCUGGAAGGAUCCGAAGUACGAAUCUCGAACCACCGUCGUCCACGGCGCCGAAGAAGGCGGUUGAUAGCCGGCCACCGUUGGCACGGCCCGACAAGGUCGCCGGAGAUAGUUUCGGUCCAGUUUCCGAGGUUGAACCAAGAAUUAAUGCAGAAAACAUCCUUGAAGAGCGGGAUCCACAGUAUGAUGUUAUGCUUAAUCAAAUGGUGGGUAGAAUUAAAUCCAAACCUGGAGGGAAACUUGAGAUGGGUGAGGCAUCCGUGGUAGAGAAUUAUAGAAGGCCUUUACCAAAAUUGAGAAAUACAAAUAUGGAUUCCAGCAGAUAUGAGGAAAGACCCGUUCCUCCAGGGACCCUGAAUGUGGCACAGCUACGCCACGUCAUCCUCCUGCAUCAAGGCAAGGCCGAUGAUCAUGAUGGGCCCAUGGAUAUCCAUCAGAUUGCUGAGAAGUUCCGAGUUGAUGUUGUGCAGAUCCAGAAGAUCCUCCAAUCGGUUUCACUGCCUCCAGAGGACAGCAGUCAACACAAAUGAUCGGUGAUGGAUACUGGCUUUCAGCCUCUGUUGUUUUUGCUUUACUAUCACAAUUUUCUGGUGUUGAAAUUUAUUGAUUGGAAACAUUAUUGGUACAUUCACAUUUAUGAAAAUCAUAGGAAAUUUUGGAUGAUUUGUGGGCUUGGUGGUUGAAUACACGAGUGAACCUCUGGCAAAUUCUUAUUGUAAUCACUAAUUGAGAAUAUCUGCUAUGGAGGGCAGUGAAAUUUGGUUCUUCAGUUCUUUUUACAAUAAAUGAUGAAUCAAUUAUAAGGCAGAAUUUUACA